AUUGCGAUUCUUUACUCCCCUGCCUACCGGUGUUCCAAAGCAAGCCCAAAAGUUCUCCCCGCACACUCCAGCUCCCGCUGACAGCGAUCAUGGGAUCCGAAACCUCACUACCUUUGGGCCCAAAGCCCAAAUCUGCAGUUCCUUCCUAUCUUCUGAACGGCUUAUCUUCCGAUCGCAUGCCCAGCAGUAAGCGCGAGAGAGAUAGUCUCAAUUCUUCUAUAAAAACAUCUUUUGCACGAAGACAGAUCUCUAACGAGGAUAUCGGUGAGAAUGGCACCUCACCGCCGACACGCACUGCCGGUGCUAGUGCCCUUGAGAGUAGAGAUAGCGGGCGGCUUUUGGAGAAGCAACCUGAUGGCACUGGAAGCACAAAGCGAAAUAUCAGCGAACCUCCGCGUGAUCCUAGGGAUCACAUUGUCCCCACUCCUAUUGUCAGUCGACCUGCCAGCCCGUAUACCCUAAAUCCGCCUAUCGAUUUCGAUGGACUUAGUUGGCCUAGCAUUGGGACAAGGGAGCGACUAGAAUCCACUCCAGAAGAAACAGAGGAAAGAAUUCAAAAGCUUGCGGGAGCUGUCCGAACCAUAUUCGAAUGCAUUGGCGAGGAUCCAGAACGAGAGGGAUUACUUGGAACCCCAGAGAGAUAUGCGAAGGCAAUGCUUUAUUUUACCAAGGGAUACGAGGAGAAUGUCCGGGAUUUGGUGAACGGCGCUGUCUUUCACGAAGAUCAUGAUGAACUUGUGAUUGUGAAAGAUAUUGAAGUUUUUUCUCUCUGUGAGCAUCAUAUGGUUCCUUUCACUGGGAAGAUGCAUAUCGGUUACAUCCCCGAUCGCAGGGUCCUCGGAUUAUCCAAACUUGCUCGACUAGCCGAAAUGUUUUCUCGGCGCCUCCAGGUUCAAGAGCGACUGACAAAGCAGGUUGCCUUGGCUAUUGCUGAAGUGUUGAAGCCCCAGGGUGUUGCCGUCGUCAUGGAAUCGAGCCAUCUAUGCAUGGUGAUGCGUGGAGUGCAGAAGACUGGCAGCACCACCACUACUAGUUGCAUGCUUGGCUGUAUGAGGUCAAGCGCGAAGACUCGGGAAGAAUUUUUGAGCUUGCUGAACCGAAAAUAAACCUUCUCCUGAAUCCCUUCCACGGCAUCAUGCUCUCUACAACUGAUAUUUACACCAGCUGCAUCUGACGAGAUAUAGCCGAUUGCACCAUCUUACUCACACUUGUAUAUUAUACAGGGAGGUCACUUUUAAAUAUUUGUUUGGCCCUUUCAACAGGUUUGCCGCAGGCGUUCUGGAUACCAUAAUUGUGGAAUUUCUUAUCCAUCCCACCUUGGUUCUGCCUGUUUUCUUUUUUUUCUUGAGACAACUCUGUGGCGAAUUUUUUUUUUUUCAACAGCCACAAUUUCUGCUUUUUGAAAAGAGAACAGAGGAUAGAUUGUUCUCACCUCACACGCCGUGUUGACCUGACAGUUGGGGGGGGGUAUUAUUUAAAUAUAUCCCUCUUUCCCAAUGCCAGCGAGCUGAUUUUUGGCUUGGUAGGCCCUAUUGCAAGCAGGAAAUGAGAAACCAUUGUUCUGCUUGGGAGGAUGGCAAUGCUGGCCCUGGUCUCUCCAUGCUCUGUCGUUGGCUACAUCUGUGAAU